UUUUCAGGAUGCCCGACAUAAUGUCGGCUGGCCCUCUAGCGGCAGCCGUCUGUUACUACGGCGCUGUACUGGGUACAGCAGAAUUGUCAAGGAGAAUACUAGAUAAAACUAUGUCAAAGAAAACUUCAUUUCAUCGCUUUCUUAUAGAACUUAUUGGGACAGCACAAAUAUGCACGUGCGUCUUUGAAAAUGCCCUGAUUGUACAACAUUACGGAGUAUCGUCAUAUUUUAUCGCCACUACGAUACUUGGAUUUUUCUAUAGUUCAACGGGUCGUGGCAGCUACAAUACACCACUUACUCCUAUUGAAAUGUUAUAUUAUCGAGAAAUUAGGCUUUCACGAUUUCUUCUCUACCUAUUAGCAGAGAUAAUGGGCGGAGCUAUGGCUUGGCACAUAGCCAGAACGUUAUGGUUCCACUCGUUACAGUAUUCUCAAGCACAUAUGGAAAUGUUUGUAAAUAGUCAAAAUAUGUGCUCUAUAGUACAUCAGAGAGAUUUUCUCAUCGUACUAGCCUAUGAAAUUGGUGGUUGUUUUGCUAUGCGAUCUGUUAUAUCUCGAUUACCAGCGGACACUCAGAAAUAUCUGGCACCAGCAUUUACAGCCAGUUUAUUUUCCUUUGCAAUACUCUUUAUCGGCGACUCGGGACUGGAUCCGAUUGUCGCUUCAUCAUUAUUUUUUGGAUGUAAUGGUCUUAGUGCUCAAUGGUUUAUUCUCUUAUACUGGGUUUGCCCCGUUGUUGGUUGGAUGUUAGGCGCAUAUAUCGAUCGAAGGCCUCCUAAAUCACCGAAAAAACUUAAGAGAGCCGCUAAAAAGAAGUCAGAAUAAACAAAUAUUAUAGAAAAGCUUAUUCUCUGGGUUUCUUUCUCUAUAUGCAUGAAAUUCUGACAAUUUUACAAGCUCUGAGUCCAUAUGUAUUCAUUACACGAAUGAUUUGCUUUUUGCCAAUUUUCUGGUUGUGAUAUUUCUGUAAGUCUAUCCUUUUGCUGCCAGUUUUGUUUCAAAGUUUCGAAUUUUUCACUUUAUUCUUUUUUGUGAUACUUUAUGGUGCCUUUUUCUUUUGCAAUUUGCACUAGCACUUCACGUUAUGGAGAUUUUACAGCACAUUGUUGUGUCUUUAUUUCAUGUUUACAUUUGGAAGUUUCUUGCCAUUUCUAGCCGGAAUUGUUUAUGUUUUGCCUCUAUGUCUUUUCGAAAUGAUAGAACGGUUUUUCCGCAAGCUCCGCCUCCGCGGAAGUGACCCUGUCGCAUAUGUUAAUGAAUGCCGCUGGAAGACCAGUUGUCCGGGUAGGCGGCGUCUGGUGACCAUAUGCGCUCUUCUAUAUGGA